UAACCCUUGACUUCAUCCUUACCAGCCACCAGUUUUUUUUUUCAUCAACAAUUCUCAAAUCCAGUCAGAGGUUAAAGAGACGGCGUUGAUUGCCUGCCCGCCUUGACCGACCGUCCGGCAUCGUCUUGGCCCUCGAUUUUGCUCUAUUACACGUUGUUUGUUCGUUACUAACCCUUUGUAGAAAAUGGCAGUGAAACCCACCAAGGCCGAAAAGAAAGUCGCCUACGAUUCAAAGCUAUGCCAACUCUUAGACGAGUACACCCAGAUCUUAAUCGCCGCCGCCGACAACGUGGGUUCUAACCAGCUCCAGAACAUCCGCAAGGGUCUCCGAGGUGACUCAAUUGUUCUCAUGGGUAAGAAUACUAUGAUGAAAAGGUCGAUUAGGAUGCAUUCUGAGAAGACCGGGAACCAGGCUUUUCUUAACCUCAUCCCUUUGCUCCAGGGAAAUGUUGGUUUGAUCUUUACCAAGGGCGACUUGAAGGAAGUCAGUGAGGAAGUUGCCAAGUACAAGGUUGGUGCUCCUGCUCGUGUUGGUCUGGUUGCACCCAUUGAUGUGGUUGUUCCACCAGGCAACACUGGGCUUGACCCAUCACAGACCUCUUUCUUCCAGGUGCUCAACAUUCCGACCAAGAUUAACAAGGGUACUGUUGAAAUCAUCACUCCUGUGGAGCUUAUCAAGAAGGGUGAGAAGGUUGGCUCUUCUGAAGCAGCUCUUCUUGCCAAGCUUGGAAUUAGGCCCUUCUCAUAUGGUCUCAUUGUCCUAUCUGUUUAUGACAAUGGCUCUGUCUUUAGCCCUGAGGUCUUGGAUCUCACUGAGGAAGACCUGAUUGAGAAAUUUGCUACUGGUGUCUCCAUGGUUACUGCUCUGUCUCUUGCCAUCUCGUACCCAACUCUUGCUGCUGCACCACAUAUGUUCAUCAACGCAUACAAGAACGUCUUGUCUCUUGCAGUUGCAACGGAGUAUUCUUUCCCUCAGGCUGAUAAAGUGAAGGAAUACCUGGCGGAUCCAAGUAAGUUUGCAGUUACGGCUGCCCCUGUUGCUGCUGCUGCUGCUGGUGCAGCUCCAGCCGCUGCUGCUGCGGUGGAGGACAAGAAACCAGAACCUGAAGAAGAGUCGGAUGAUGAUAUGGGAUUUAGUCUCUUCGACUAAGGUUGGAUUACUUGUCAUAGUUUGUUCGGUAAGACUUAUUUGGUUACAAUAGUCUGCUUGGAUUAUUUCUCUUGUUUCUUU